AGCAGCCUCACGCACGCGUCUUCGGCCUUUGCCCUCCGAGCCGGGACGCGGAGCCAGGAAGCUGGAACCCCGAGAGCCCGGGCUGCCAUGGCUAAGUACCUGGCCCAGAUCAUUGUAAUGGGUGUGCAGGUGGUGGGCAAGGCCUUUGCCCGGGCCUUGCGGCAGGAGUUUGCAGCCAGCCGGGCUGCAGCUGACGCCCGGGGCCGUGCGGGCCACCAGUCUGCAGCCGCUUCCAGCCUCUCGGGCCUCAGCCUGCAGGAGGCCCAGCAGAUUCUCAACGUGUCCAAGCUGAGCCCUGAGGAGAUCCAGAAGAACUAUGAGCACCUGUUCAAGGUGAAUGAUAAGUCUGUGGGCGGCUCCUUCUACCUGCAGUCCAAGGUGGUCCGUGCGAAGGAGCGCCUGGAUGAGGAGCUCAGAAUCAAGGCCCAGGAGGACAGAGAGAGAGGGCAGGCACCCAAAACGUGAUGGCUCAGCUCUGCCCAUCCCCACCCCCUCCUACCUCUAAUUUAUAGUUCGGUAAUAAAUGUCUGCUGUUUGUC